UUACGUGUAUUAACGUAAAUUAAGUUUUUGCUGUUGCCCUUUCUGCACAGAGCAUCCUUCCACACCACUAGAGAGCAGCACUUUCCCAAACGUUUCAAAUCGUGUUCCGGUUUGAGCUAUGCUAACGUGCUAACAACAACAACAAACCACUCCGGGCUCGAUUUCGUUAUUUGAGAAAAUCCUUCAUACGUAUAUUACCGAUCUAUCUAAUUUAUAUGAAGUCUUGGAUCUGACAAUACUGAUAUUGUGCCGGGACAAUGUUUUGUUGGAAAAUAAUCGCAAAGAAAUAUUCAUCAACUCUCUUAUUCAAUGAUUUAAUAGUAAUGGUGAGAUAGCAUUUGGAGCGAUGCUUACCACUUAUCUUAUUGGAACAAAUUAUAAGGUAGUGUUGGUUUUGGCUUAGGGUGAGCAGAUGUCUUUAUUUCUCAGAGACAGUCCCAGUUUUGAGCCCUGUGUCCCCUGUUCCUGCAGAUUUAUCCAAAACCACUGAUUUGUCCCAGUUUUAUCUAAGAAAUAUCCCUGGUGUCCCUAUUUUGAGGCAUACUUUUUAAUUUGUGUAGGAAAAUACUGAAAAGCAUGCUUAAAAAUUACCAAAACACAAAAAAAAUGUGACUAUACUGACAGUAGAACGGUUUUCUUUAAUCAUGCACUCGUUUCACAAUUUUACUAUCAACCACCACAAACCGGGCAUGUCCCAGUUUUUUAUUUAGAAAAUCCAGUCACCCUAUUUUGGCUCAUCAUGGCUUUUUUAGAAGGUUUCACCCGUGCCACUGACCGGGAUGUUUUUAGAAUAGAAGCUCACCACUCCAGCCCAGCACCAACUAUUCCAAUAACAGGACUAGAGGCCAGAGAAUUUUAUGAGAACUUGGUGAAAGAUGAGAAGGGGGAUGCAGCAAAGAUGGUCAAGCCCAGCCGAAGAAAAAGGCAGAUCAGACGAGAAUUAAGACACAGGAGAGAGGGUACGGGAGCAGACGGGACUGCUAAUGGUCAGCUGAAUCCUGAAGGAGGAGGGCAUGUGGCGCCUGGUGUGAAUGGAGAGACAGGAGAUGGAGAGAGGAGAGAAGAGCUGCAAGGACUGCGGCUACUACGCUGUGCCCACGAAGGAGACACAUCGGUUCUCAAAGCUCUGCUGAUCAAGGGAGCAGACAUCAAUUUCCAGGACUCGUACUUGUGGACUGGCCUGAUGUGUGCGAGCUGGGCGGGGCACAGGGCGGCGGUCAGACUCCUGCUGCAGAGAGGGGCGGCCUGGGUAGGGGUGGUGGACCUGCAGGGCCGUGACGCCAGGGACCUCGCUAUGGAAGCUGGCCAUAAAGAAGUGGUAGAAGAAUUGGACAGCUUUGGCAGAAGACCGACAAAAGACUCCAAGCCUGCUAAAAGCGCCCCCUGUCCACAGUGGUGCGAAUCCUGCGGCACGUCCUACACAGGCCCAGCCCCCUCCCACCUCUCCUCCACCCUCCACCAGUUCAACCUGCGACGCCCUCCACCCGCCCCGCACUACUGCCUGCCCGCCUCCAGCACCAGCUACCAGAUGAUGCUGCGCUGCGGAUGGGACCCCGGGAGCGGCCUGGGACCAGAGGGAAGCGGGGCCCGUCAGCCGGUGCCCACGGUGCUCAAGAGGGACACGGAUGGGCUGGGCUACGGGCCAGGCAAGAAGGCCAGGGUCACACACUUUAAGGCCAUGGACGCUCAGGCUGUGCAGGGGGAGAGGGGGAGGAGGAGGGAGGAGGAGAGGAAAGUGGGGAGAGGGGUGAGGAGAGAGGAGGAGAGGAGGAAGGAGCAGAGGGACAAGAACUGGGAGAGAGACUUCCGGAGCGCCUUCUACCUUUAAGACGAGUAUUUAUGCGAGCAGUAGUAUCGAAAAUCUGAUACUGAACUAGUAUCCAAACUAAAUACUCACUGGAGCAGCUAUUGAUACUAAAAAAGUCACAUUCACAGGACAGAAAUGAACCUUUCCUGGAAUGAUUUUGAGUUGUAUCAGAACAAGUAUAAGAGUACACAGACUAGUAUACACCCAUGGACCACUGGGGGAUUACAAAGAUAUAAGAUCACAUGGUAAUUUAAAAGAAAGUAAUACAGUUUAAUGCUGAAAAUGGCAUUCUGUUGUCUAAAUAAAGACUGUUUUUUUCAUUAUUA